UGGCUCCAGUCAUGAAAGAAGGCCUUUAUGGGUUUAGGGCAGACCUUCACUGCGCACAAGCACAGAGACCAUCUCAACACACACCCUGCUAGCCUAGCUAACACUGGUGCAAAUGUAAGUGGUAAGGUGGUGGUCAGUAUGUUCCCUGAUGCCGUGGUGGUGGGGAGCUGACCACAUGGAGGAGGAAUGUGAGAGCAGUGUGGUGGAGGCGGUGACCCUAAUCCCGGGGAGUCCCACUACAGAACUAGGCCUGAAGAGGCUUUCCUUCGCUUACCAAGGCCUUCUGGAGAUCCCAUAUGACAUUAUUUUGGAACAGCGGGACACCCUGGAAGUUCUGGACCUUAGCUACAACCUGCUUGAUGACCCGGCUCUUCUGGCUGAGCUGGAAAAGUUAAGCACCCUCAACCUAGACUGCAACAAUUACAGCGCUCACGUCAAAUUCCCCUACAUGCCCAGCCUGACCACCCUGUGGAUUAACAAAAACAAAAUCAGCAACCUGCCCAUCAUAGUGGAGGAGAUAAGCUGCAAGUUCCCCAACAUCAAGAUACUAAGCAUGAUGAACAAUGAAGCGGCACCCAGUUAUUUUAACGGAGGGAGUCUGACCCAGUAUAUUGACUACAGGCAGUAUGUUAUCAGUCAGAUUCCCAGCCUGGAAGUCCUAGAUGACACAGAGGUGCAGGAGAAAGAGCGAGCUCUGGCCAGGAAGACCUACAGGAUGCAGAGAAUCAGGGAGGGCAGCAAGAAGAGGAAGGAGCUCCAUCACUGAUAGCCAAUGGCUAAUCGUUUCAUCAGACCCUUACCGGGCUGUGUGCCAAGCCAGCCCUGCGCUCUUUAAAUCUCAGAACAAUCCAACCACUCAUUCCAGGCCUCUAUAAGCUUUAUGGGAAGAACGUGAACCAGUACAUGUUUGCAUUUGUAAAGUGAUUAGAGCUGACUGUGAGGGCUCGUCUCUGCAUUUUUCUUCUACUUGAGUUUAUCACUAAGGUCUGCUGGGAUGUUUGUGUGGAGUAUUGCACCAAAAAUGUCAUUAACUUAAGAAUAAUAUAUCAGAGCUGUCAGGAAAAAAAAUAUUUGUGUCUUGUUUUUACAUUGUGUUCCAAUUCCUUUGUGCACAGGUUGAAACAUAUAGUCCAGAAUUAUUUUAAAUAAAAUCUUGUUCCACUGAAAA